AUGGCAAAUGAUCAGUUUUUCUAUCCAAGGUCUAGGAACGUUCUUGUUUGUUUAGCAUGUGGGAAGGCAGGGGCCCUGUUCUGCGAGACAACUGGGCUCGUUCCAUUUAGUGCUAAGCGGAGAUCUAAGUACUGGAAAGGUGUACUAUUUAAGACGCCUGGCAUCGAGCUUGAUCGGAGCCUAUUAAUGAGCUUGAUGAGGAGCUCUUUGAAGGACUUGGUAAACAGCCUGAGGCAGAUCUGGUGGCUUAGUUGCCGACAACACCCAAGAGCUCAACCUAGUAUGUCAUCCUACUCUCUGAUCGCUGGGGUAGAUACCGUGGCUGAAAUCCUUCAGUUCAGCUUGGUGUGUAGACAAAAUCAGAAUAUCGCAGCCCUCGCAAAUAUCGACCUCGACUUCUCAUUGCUGGACUCGCCCUCUCCCCUCAGCGAAGAGGGAAAGCGGGAGGUGUACACUUCCAUACUAGCAUAUGGGCUCUGCGCAACUGAAAUCGUCAAGAAUUCCAAAUCCAUUCAGGAGUAUAUCGGGAUUGAUGGAUGGGACGUAAUUGUGGGCAUCAGCAACAUCAGUCAAAAAGUGCCGUGGUUAUACAUCCCCUCGCUUGCAUCUUAUCUUAAAUGUGCAAAGGACGGGCUAUCCUAA